AUGAACUUUUCUGCUGCCUUGAAAAAUGUCGAGACAAAUGUGAUCACGAAGAGAAGCAUUCUAAGCAUCGCGGCAAAGUUUCAUGAACUGUUAGGUCUUAUAUCUCCAGUCACCCUUCGAUUCAAACAAAUAUUUCAAGAGUUGUGUAAGAGCAAAAGCGACUGGGAUGAACCACUGAAUGACGAAUGCUGCGAAGAAUGGAAUCAGAUUGUCCAGAAAUUGGAAGAAGCCAACCACAUGAGUAUCCCGGCCAAGAUGUUAUUGUCCAGAUUCGUUCGGUAG